AUGAGAUUCGUACUUGACGAAUUGUAUGAUAUUAGUGAUGAUGAGGAUGUUUCGCCGUUUUCUACAGAUGAGCCAAGUCCCGAUGAGUACACAUUUGUCAAUGAGAAAGAGGUUGAUAUACCAAGAUUAAAACUGCCGAGGCAACACAGCAGGCAGUCAAGUGAAGUUUCUGAGAAGUUAGAUGCCGAAUAUGAGCAGCUACUAAGUCAAUUGAACUUGCGUGCAAAGCUCCCGACUGUAGAGUCGAUUCCAACCGUUGUACCGGGUUCUUCAGGUCAAGCCAGUGAACGGUCAUUGGAAAACUCUGCUUCCCCCUCUGCAUCUGCAUCUAAAUUUGCAUCUAGUGGAUCGGUAGUUGCUCAUGAUACUAGAGAUAUUCUAUCGGCCUUGGCGAAUUCUCUGGUGUCAAAAAUGAAUCAAUUGGACAUUGAUAAUAGCGCUCAGGUCCAAUCAGUGAGAAAUGCCAAGAGGAAGGCUGAAGAGGACCGCAGGAGAAAAGAAGAGGAGGCACGCAAACACCAAGAGGAACUGGCCAAAAGACGACGUGAAGAAGAAGAUGCCAAGAAACGUCAAUUGGAAGAAGAGAGGAAACGUCAAGAAGCUGAAAGGAAAUUAAAAGAAGAGAAGGAACAACAAGAGCAACGAACCAGGGAUGAGCAAGAAAAAGCGUUGAUAGCGGAACAGGCAAGACGUGGUAAGACUGUAACAGAUUUCAAAGGGAUUGAAAAGACUUUUUGGCAUUAUAAGGAUAAAAUUUUACAGAUCAAGAAAGAAAUUGUAGAACCUGUUAAACAAAUGGAUGUUGAUACUAGAAAUUUGAUUUCACGUCAUAAGAGAAAGAUCAAUCCUAAAUUUGGCCAAUUGACUAAUAGUAAUCAACAAUUACAAUCGAUUCAAAUGGAGCUGUUCGGUUUAAUCGAUCAAACGAAAGCAAAUCAACUUGCAUACCUAUGGGUACUAAACUUUAUCGCAAAGGCUCUUGUUCAUCAGUCAGAAACAGAGGUUAGAGUUAAACCUGAAUCUGCAUUACCAUUGGCCAAACUGACCCUAGCACUGAUGACUAGGUAUCCUGAUUUGAAAGAGUUGUUAAUGGCAAGAUUGGUUAAAAAAUGUCCAUUUGUCAUUGGCUAUACCUGUAAGAUUGAUACUGAAAAAGGUCGUUCAAAUAUGGGGUGGAAGAGGAAUUCCGAUGAUAAAUGGGAAGAGGAUACUUCUUACGAUGAAAGAAUGGGGGGAAUGGUCACACUGUUUGCGGUUAUUACAAGGUUACCGUUAUCUGUGGAAGUCAUUAAUCAACAGCAGCAUCCUUUACCAAUUUCGUACUCUUGGAGAUUACUAGCACGCAUCGCUAAUACUUCUCAAGACCUGCUAACAAACUCACAUUUCGUAGUAUUAGGAUCGUGGUGGGAUGCAGCUGCUUUACAAUUCUAUCAGGCAUAUGGUAAACAGGCUCAAAAAUUACUACAGCUCGUUGGUGAUAACUUAACGUCAGCGGUUGCACAACAGAAAUACGUCGGUGCUGCUCGUCUACGUAUAUUAAUGGAAGAAUGGCAGACGAGUGGAAUCAAGAGUUUCCCAGAGAUGAUAGAUUAA